AGCGGCGCGCCGGAGCCGGCCCCGUCUCCAGCGGCAACGCCGCAACACCGGGCGGGGACCGGGUUGGGCCCCUGCGCUCCCGGGGCCCCGCACAAGGGAAGAGUCGGGGCAGUGCCGGGAGGUGCUGAGAGGGUAGGGUUUAGGGGGUCCCUGUCACUGGGGCGGUGCCCAAGGAGGGAGGACGGGGCACGGGAGAGCCUUUUCCCCCGUCAGGCUAAGUCUAUUCAUAUAAUGGAUACACACGUCAGGAAAAUGGCGUGGUUGUUGGACAAUGAUCAAUAUUUGGAAAAAACUGGGUUGACAAAACGCCAUCUACAGGGUGAUUGUCCACCAUGGCAAGAUUUUGCUGUGCCUCAUCUAGGACCAGAUAAUGGAUUGCUGGAAAAACAUACCAGCAAGACACAAGACGUGCUGAGAGGAGAAAUGAAGAAAACACAGUCUCAAAAGGUGCAAACAACAGAAGAAUGGAUAAGAAACUACAGUUUGGAAUCCUUGCAAUUAACAUUCGAGUAUCUGUGCUCCAGGAAUUCAGGGAAUGGUGUUGAAGAGAUGGAGUUUACAGAGGAGACCGUUACCGAUUUUGAAUCCAGAAUUUCUGAAGUGAUUGAACUCUAUCAGCACCGAAUUCAGUGGCUGUUGCAGGACAGCAGAAAGGUGUUUGGUGUUAUAAAAGGAACUAAAGUUGGACUUUUGGUUGAUGUGUCUCAUUUGAGUUACGGACCUAGACUACUGGAUUUUCAGAAGAACCUUUUGUGCUUAAUGGAUGAACAGCUUUGUUAUAAGAAGCAAUUGUACUGCCUCUCAUUCAGUACAGAAAUUUCACCACUGUGGGAGAGUCCAAAAACGAUCAAUGUUCAUGUGCUACAUGAAGCAAGACAGUGGAUACAAGAGCUGGAGCCUGGUCGAGGCUGCAAUUUGCUGAAAGCUUUGAGGCAUGUCCUCACGAUGAAAGAACUGAAUUCCUUGGUUCUUAUUGUAGGAAGCUGCCCUGAUCAGUCUUUUGAAAUAUUAUGUGAUUAUGCUCAGCAGUGUAUGCUGGGGAGAAAACUGCAGAUUCACACUGUUACAUAUGAUUGCAGCAACCCUGCUUCUCUGGCAGUUCUAAAGAACCUUGCAGAAGCUGUAAGAGGCCGUUACCAUUGCUACUCUUCCAGCGGAGAGAAAUUCGAUAGCAGUGAUUUUCAUCUGCUACUUCAGGAAUCCCAGAAGGCUAAGGACCUACUCAACAGCAUCAAACAGACUUUUCAAAGAAGAGUUGGUGGCUUGCUUAGUAGUAAAACAGCAGCUGUUUCCACAACAUUUGCAAGUACAGCACCUUCCAGCUUCUUCCCAAAGCCUCCAAAGCACAAAGGACCAUUAGUUAUUCAAACACCAGGCAUCCUGGCCAAAACCUCAGCAGACUGGUUAAAGACAUAUGGAUUGAAAGCUAAAAAGUUAGACUUUUAUCAAGUUUUGGCUCCCAAUGCUUUCUCUCCUGUGGAAGAUUUUGUACCUAUUCUUAAAAAAACAGUAUCAUCAACUCUACAUGAGAAAGUGAUGAUGCAGUUUGAAUGGUAUGAUGGAACUGUGAAAAAUAUCCAUGUUGACCUCCCAGUAUUGUACAACUAUCAGAAAAUCCUUGCUAAAAUGGUAAGAAUCUAUGAGAAACGAAUUGACUGGCUGUCUGUUGCUAGCAGAAGAAUAUGGGGAAGUGUUUGUGAAAGAAGGGUGGUUAUACUUGUUGAUAUAUCAGCAACAAACUCUACCUACAUUUCUCAUAUCCAACAUUCUUUGCGACUUUUACUUGAGGAACAAAUGUCAAACAAGGAUUAUUUCAAUAUUAUAGCAUUUGGGAGUGACAUUGUGCCUUGGCAGCAGGAACUGCUUCCUUCCCAACCAGAAAACUUAGAAAAGGCUUGGAGGUGGGUGUUGAGGUUGGAGUGCAAGGGCAGCAGAAAUUUCUUGAGUGCACUCAGGAGAGCUGUGGAAGUUGACUUCAAAGACAAAGACAAACACAAAUCACAGGGACUCUACCUGCUGGCUACUGGAAUACCUGAUCAGGAAACACACACAAUCAGUGCUUACGUGGCUGAGGUUUGCAGAGGUUUUGAUUUACAGCUCCAUGUCUGUCUGUUCAGUGCAGUGAAGGGCACUGACUCCAGCGGGGUUAUUCCAGCCCGCUACGCCACCCCAAGGGAAACUGCCAGUGCUUUUAAAGAAAUUGUGCAGGCAGCCAACGGGAGGUUUCACUGGUUUGGAGAAGCAGGUAUUUUUGAAAGUGAUGAUAUUGCCAGUAUUAUAUCUGAAAUGGAAAAAGCAAAGAACUACUCUCAAAAGUGUGCAUUCCUAGUGGAGUCCUUAAAGCAACGCUCAGUGAAUCAGUCUGUGACACCCCUUACACCACAAGGAGACUCAAAUGUGCUUACAAAGAAGGAGAAAAAAAAGCCACAGAAGGUGCCAUCUCCUAAACCCACAGCUGUGCUUAAGGAUGUUAAAGGCAACCAUGGUGCAGAGAGAAACACUCCUGUAAGAGUCCUGGCAUGGCGUCCUCCUAGUGCCAAAGCAGAAAUUCCACCCGCACAAAGAGCAAAAGAAUGGCCUCAGACUGAGAAUAAAGGAAAGCACAAACCAAGGAAGCAACCAGAGCUUUCUGUGUCUGUAUUUUACACUGAUGAAGGAAGAAGUGUGGGUACAGUAUAUCAGAAGUAUCCAAAGGCAAAGUGCAUAAGAAAAUCUGUUUCCUCUGUCACAUUGCCAGAGGAAGAGGAAAUCUCUUCAAGCAAAGAGUGGCUGAGCAAGUACAGUAUUAAAAAACUUAAACUGGAAUUGCCCAGACUGAUGUUUGGUCCAGGCUGUACCCACCAGAAGAAAACUGUGGAGUCUCUGCACAAGAAAGUAUCAGCAAAAUACUGUUCCAUCUUCCCCAGUGCAGAAAUCAAUGGGGUGGUGAAGCAUCUGCAGUUCCACCCCAGAGAACUGGAAAUCUACACAGAACAACUGGGGAAGGUGUUGCAGCGUUAUAUCCAGAGAAUGCAGUGGCUUCUCUCAGGCAGCCGAAGAUUGUUUGGUACCAUUUUAGAAGCAAAUGUCUGUGUUUUGAUUGAUACAUCUGGUUCCAUGGACCCAUAUUUGCCACCCAUCACAAAAGAACUUACCUCCCUUAUCUGGGAACAGCUGAGAAAAAAUGAAGUCAGGUUUAACCUGCUGAGAUUUGCAGAAAAUACAGAGAGUUGGAAAGAGUAUCUUGUAGAGGCAACUGAUGAAACCUGCCAUGAUGCUGUGCAGUGGGCUUCCACAUGCCAUGCUCAUGGCAACUCCUGCAUGCUUGCAGCUUUACAGAAGGCUUUCAGUUUCCAAGGUGUAGAGGCACUGUAUCUAUUGACUGAUGGGAAACCAGACACCAGUUGCAGUCUGAUUUUGAAAGAAAUUGGAAGACUGAGAAAGAAACAAGAUAUUAAAAUCCACACCAUUUCUUUUAGCUGUGCAGACAGAGAAGCUGUAGAAUUCCUCAAGAAGCUUGCUUCCCAAACAGGAGGGCGCUUCCACUGCAGUUCUGGAGGUGAAGAUGGACAAUUAGCAGCACACAGAAUAUUGACAGAGGGGCUGGAUGAUGAAGAUGAUCCAGUUUUCCCUUACUUUGAAGGAGAUGAUUUAAAGAAACUUACUCAAGAAGUAGCAAAAGCUCGAAGUUUUUUAAAGCAGGCAAAAUCUUGGAGAUUAUUGCUUGAAAAAUGGAAGACAAGCCAAAAGGACAGUUCUAGCUUUCAGAAAAGUGCUCAGGAUUAAAUUUUAGACGAAGAAAAGAUGGUGAAGAGGUCUGGAAUCAUACCACUUACCUGCUUCUUUUCAAAGUGUGCUCAGAGCUUCCAGCUUCAAGAAGAAAAAGAGAAGAUUUAUUCUUUGUUGUCACAAGUGCUGGCAAGACAAGAAGGUGCAGAUGGUAAGUGCUGCACUGACUCCACCUGCAGAUUUUGCAGGAUUCAAAGUAAAUCAAGCCCUGAACUCUACGAAGUUUAAAUAUAAGUAGAGGAUAGUUUUCAAUAUAGCUAAUACAAAUUUUAAAAGUGUAUGUAUUUCUAAAAUAACCAGUAGUUACACAGGGUCACAACUUUUGUUUCUCUUCUACUCAUCAUAUUAAUAAUUCCUUCAAUUAGUUGCUGGUAUGCCUAAAUUGUCUUUUUUGUCAGUUGGUUUGAGAUUUCUUUGCCGGUGCUUAUUAUCCAUAAUAGUUGGGACAGAUGGCUGUGAUGUUAGGAAGAGAAUUCUUUAUGCCAGUUUUGCAUAGAAAGUCCAAGAAAUAACCUUAGUGCAGAAAACAAAGCUUGUAAUUCAUGGUUUUGCACAGAGAAGUUUUGCUAAUAAUUAUUUCAACUCUUUGCUUUUCAUGUUGGCAGUAAAGAAAGAUUUAGAGUUGAUGAUUCAGAAAUUAUCAGACAUGCAAGAAAGUAAUACCCUGUUGCUGGUGUAGCCUGGUUGUGUCUGUAUAACCAGACACUGCCAAUCUUCUGAGCAAUUCUGUUCUUACACAGUUCCUGUCUAGAAAGAUUUAAAAUAUGUUUGCUAGUGCUAGUUGAUUUAUGAAAUAUAUUUGUUUUUUACUGAUUUCUGUAAUGACAGCUCAUUAGUAUUUUGUAGACGUUCACCGUUGUCUUUUAGAGGGUUAGAAAUUCAUCUCAGGUGUUUAAUGUAUGUAAUAUAAUAAAAAUGGAUUCAGACUUCAAAAUUCAGAUACUCGAUCUGUGUUUAUUCAGAGCCAUUUGCAUCUCCUGAGUGCCAGCUUAUGGGGAUGACUGGGUAUCCUGUGAUAUGGGAGAUGGUGUCUUUUCUGUCCCUUUAUCUCUUUUAUCUCUACAAAGAAUUGAAGAUUAUUUCUAUCAUAAAUGUAUCUUUUUACUGUUGUAUGCUCUGAGCCAGGUGACUCCAGCCUUCCAUUGUUAGUACCAGCCUUCACUGGAAUACUGCAGUUAAACUGGUGCUUUGUGCUAUGCAUCACCUUCUGUGAUUUUGUUUGUGGAUGUCUGUAACUGCUGAAAUGAUUUGAUAUGAAAAUGUUAAUUGUAAAUUAACAGGAUUGGUUACAUUUCUGUUUGGGGUAUAGAAAUACUAGAUGAUGAUCACUGAUAAAAUGAGGAUUUGUACUAACAGAAAUGUUAAAACAGUAAAUCCAGGUAGAAAGGAUGAGCUUUCUGUAUUGCCAAAAAGGGUUUCUUAUUAGUUCCUUGGAGGAUUUAAGAAAUGUCACAGUACUGCAGCAUAGAUUCUUACAUUCCUAUAAAAGUACUUUAAAAGAACUUAAAAUGAAUUACACUUAUGCAGGUGUGUGGUAUCAGAGGCUCUUUGUGAAGUAAGAUCAUAAUGAACAUGUUGGAUUUUGCAAAUGUGGAUAAGCAUCAGAGUAUUUCAGUCUGUUGUGUUAGAUUGCAAUUGUCAGGGUCUUUUUCCCACCAUACAGUAUUUGGUGUUCAGAGGUUUUACUCCAUCAAAACAAUUGCAUUUACACAGUGUCUCCGUUGGCUGAUAGUGGAUCUGUAACCCUAAAUUUGGGGCAGCCUACAUGAAUACUCAUCACUGAGCUGUUUGUUUCAGCUUGGACUGGGCGUUUGUUUCUGUGGGCAGAGCACAGCACGUUGCUCUGGUUCUCCUGAGCAUGAUCUCACACUCGAAGUAGGUGUUGGGAACCCAGAGCCUUCUCUUGCUGGUGGUGUGAGCUAAGGGCUUCUCAGCCUCCUGUUAAGAAAAAUGCAAUGAAAAGUAAGGAGCAAGUGUUGAUGUUAGAAUUUGUAUGAGCACAGAAGCUGUAAAAUAGUCAGAUAUUACAGCAUUGAGCCAUUGCACCCCAUCCAAGGUCUCUUCUUUUGUGUGUUCAGCCUGUGCAGCCGAAGCCAUGUGGUCUUGCAGGCUGGUCAGCCCUGCUACCUCCUCAGAGCAGCUCCUUCCUUUAAAAUACAGAUUCUGUCUCCUUACUACCUACCUGGAAACUCCCAUCCUACGUGCUCCUAUCAGUCUGAGGGCUGCUCAGCCAGGAAGACAUUUUCAGCAGAUGCCUCAGUGGGGAUGACCUGAGUAAUACUCGGUUUGUGACCUCAGUGUCGAUCUGUCAGCUCUGUGUCAUUUGCUUUCCUGGUUUGUGCUUGCUGGAAUGCAACUCACUGUAUUCAAGACAUAAUAAAAGAGGAGUUUUAUAAUUGA